AUGUGCCCAGCUGUGGCAUUUCUAGGUCAAAUGGUGGAUGUUUUUGUUAGUUUCUUGCCUCUGACUGAUUUAUUAGACAACACAGAGCUGUUACAAACAGCUGAUGAGGAGGCCAAGGGAGUGCCUGGAACCCUGGGAAUAUCUGUGGCCCCUGAGGAAAUCAGUAUGGCUGCUAUUGAGCUUGGCGUCAAGGAAGCUAAUGUUGAGUCCAGUGAAUUCAAGGAUUCCUCUAUGAAGCUCAAACUGCUUGAGAUUGAGAACUGUUCCUCGUCAUCUGCUAAACCCAAUAUCAACAUUAACGUGAACAAACAGGAAGAAGUUGUGAAGUUGACAGAAAAAUGUCUUAAUAAUGUCAUUGAGAGUCCUGGAUUACCUUCUUUGAGGAUUCCUCCAGACAUCAAGAGCAAUAUCCUGAAGGCUCAAGUGGAAGCGGUUCAUAAGGUCACGAGAGAGGAUGAUACAUUGAGUCAAAAAAACUCCAAUGUUCAAGAUAAUGUUUUCAGCAAUGUGUUAAAAGAAGAUAACAAAAUUCUUAGUCCAGAAAACACAGUGAUUCCCACGCAUCCAAAUGCUGUGGAAGAUAACUCUGUUCUAAAGAGUGCCACUGAUGAGUUGGAUGCCCUGCUGUCAUCAUUAACAGAGAAUCUGAUUGAUUUAACUGCUGUACCUCCGCAGACCAGGACUCUUUCCAAUGGGAUCUCAGGGAAUGAAGUGCCUGUGGAAAGAAAAGAGGAAUGUGGUGACCCAGAAGUGCUCUCCUUGAUCGCCCAGCCAGGGCCCUUCCUCGUUGAUGCUGUGACCACCUCUGUCCCGGGCCUGGCUGAAGAAGCCUUGAGGAAGCAGCGCAAAUGUUUGCUCACGACAGAGCUGUGAGCUUGUGCUCGCCCAUGCCCUGUCACUGGGAUGCUUGGCCCUGCCCAGAAGCCCGUCCUGGAACUACACCUUGGCUGUAAAAUGUGUUGUACUUCCUUCUUGGGGACCCAAGGAGCUCAGCUUUCCUUUGUGGGUUCGCCAGGGAGUCAAAAAACACCAUUCUGACUUAGCUUCUCUACAAGAAAGCAAAAAAGUGUAGAGACCCCGGGCAGUUAUCAUCACUGUCUCUACUGAUAAGGCCCAUCACUCAGAUAUGUCCACCCACACAGGGACCUUUGUUCUCUCUCUUUGUAACUUCCCAGACUUUCCAUGGGGAAAUAUUCUCAGUGGAAUUGCUGACUGGAGGAAAAAAAAAAAAAAAA